AUGGGAAAUUCUUGCUGUGAAGCGUAGCAAAAUGAAAAAGAAAUACUAUAAGGAAUCAAGAGUAAUUAUAUUCGAUCGCAAACCAGCAUCGCUUCUAAAGUUUUGUUCUCCAAACCUUUAUAAGAAGUUAAGUAUGAGAAUCACAUACUACUUAAUAUUGAUGAAGAACCUGUUGAGGAAUUAAAAGAAGAUUUACAUGAAAGGAAGUUAUCUCCUCUUGCAAAAAAUCUAAAUAAAAAAUUUCUACAUAUGUUGGAAUGA